UUCCGUAUGAUCGAAUUAAGCAAAACGCCGCUACGCAACACACACGUAUUCACUGUAAAGUCCAAACAGCGUAUAAAACCUGGGAUUAUCAUACCGAAAUGCAUAUCAAAACAGGUACAUGGGAGUCAAGCAAUGGUGUGUGUGAGUCCGACCCCUUGUGUGAUCCGGCCGUCCUAGUGUCACCCUCUAAACCCGAACCACAGAUCCGAAACCGUCGCCUCUCCCCCGGCUCUGGCAGCUGCGGUGGGGGAGGAGGGGGCUGUUCAUCCAGGAUGGAGAAACCAUCUCGUCAAGCCUCGCCGAUCAACUCGGAAGGUUUUCUUAACGGGCCAGGCCACAUUUACACCCCCAAUCGGGACAGAGAGCGGCGUGGCCCAAAUAAAGGAAGAAGCUUUCGGAGAGAUGGGCUGAGGCCAUCCAGAACCGGUCAGAAUCAGACACAAAAGGAAAGAUGGGUAGAAAACAGCGUGUCUUUGCUCAAACCUCCUCCUGCUUUUCCAGUGAAAGACAGCCCUGCCAAGCUGCAGCCGGCUGUCAGCUAUGCUUCCAAGGUUAAGGCAGGGGGAGGUUCUGUUGGGGCAGCCGAGGAGCCCCCGGGUAUCGGGGUCUUGCUUCAGAACCAGUGGGGUCUCAGCUUUAUCAGCGAUGGCCCAGUGGCAGAUGUGCCACAGGCAAUUCUGGAGAAUAGUCCAAUUGUCCACCCGGUCGCUGGAGACGUUACUGAAAAACCAGCCGAGUCCUCUUCAGAGUAUCUGCCCAUUCAGUUUCCAAGAGGCUCUGAGAGGUCAGAGGAACUGCUGCUCAGCUGCCGCCACCUGGAGGAAGCAUUGGAGUAUCACACACGCGAAUGGAAGGCAAUAUUAUGGGGUCAAAAACAAGAUCCUGCAAGGGUUGUUUGGUACAAUGACACCCUGGAGUCACCAGCUUAGCGCACACUAACACAGCUCAACAAACACACACAUACUUGCAUACAUACACAUCACACUCAGGUUAUCUUCCCCACAAUGUUUAUACUGAGACACUUUCCCCCUGAAGAUAGAUGUCUUGGACUUGUCGGUUGCCUUACAACAGAGUCUGCCUCAUGCGCAGAGUCCCUCUGCAUACCUCUGUCAUUUUAAUGGUGGAGAAUUGUCUCUUUUAAGAAAAAAAGCUUUUCAUGCUGCAAUUUUAUUUCAAUGAACUACAAUUUUACUGUUAAGAAAUCAGUUUUAUUCCUCCCUUGUUCCUGCUUGUGUGCGAAUGGUUAAAUUGAGCACUUUCUGACCUGUAGCCGAACACGUCAUGCCUCUCUCUAAGGACUCAGCUCAUUUUUAGAACCAAAUGCAGAAUGUCUUUUCAUCAGUCUUCCUUUCCUGAAUAAUCCCUUUCUUCCCACAUAAAUUGUUCUCAUGAAGUUUACAGAGGUGCAGCUGGCACAUUAUGGCAGCACCUUCAAAUGUCUAUUGGUCUUAAUGCUGUUUUUCACCUAAAUUGAAUGUCGGUCAUAAGUCCUAAUAGGAAUCCGUUGCUGUGUAUGACCUAACAAAUGUUUUUUUUUUUUUUUAGAAAUACAAAUAAUUUACACUGGAAGAUGUUCAGAGAUUUAAUCAAACAGUGUUGCAUAAUAAAAAAAAAUAAACGUUGUAAAAUUAUUUGUAUUGUUUUUUGAUGUGUGCUCUAGCAUAGGGGUUUUCAAACUGGGGUGUAGUGACCCCUUGGGAACCACCAGGUGGUGCUAGGGGGUCUGCGGAAAAUAAAAAUAAAUAAACAAUUUUGACACUAUUCUUAUGUUCUGCUUUAUAAUGAGUAAAUAAAUUUCAGUUAAAUUAAAAAACAAUUCUUCAGGUUUGUACAUCUAAUAUUACUCGACACAGGGUAGAAAAAAAGAUGUGCUCUCAAUAUAAUUACUAAGUAAUAUUUUAUUUAUUUCAAAAUAACUGCAAAUUGUUUAAUUUUGUAUACUACACAUUGUUUUAAUAUAAUGCUUACUAUUUUUCUCACACAGUAUAAAAGGGAAUACAUAUCUAAAAUAUUAAGCUGCCUAAUCAUCAUGUUUGAGUUCCUUGGCAUCAAGAAGUUUGAAAACCCCUGAUCUAGCACAUAUUGGUUUAAUGUUAAUGAAUAAUGUUCAACUUGAUUUAUCACCUGUGCUAUAUUACAGGGCUACCAUUUUAUCAUUUUUAACAUAUUUCAGACACAAUGUGGCCAGCUAUUUGUUUAUUUUUGCUCUGCCUAUUAAAAUGAAACCAAAAGAAGCCAAAGCUGACUCAAGCAUUGGAUUUCUAUGUAGCAAGCAUGAAAUGCUGCAUGUCUAAUUAAACUGGUGGACUGGAUCUAACUGUUGAAAAAAAAAAAAAGAUGUUUUAUUGAAUAAAGGGAUCAAUACCUUCUUAUAAACAGGGGAAGUG